AGUUAUGAAAGGUUAUCAUUAGAGUACUUAUAUAUUUUAUGUGUUUGGAUGAUGUUGUGCUAGUAAACAAUUAUAAAAAAAUUUAGUAGACUAUGUUGGCCUGCAGCAGAUUCUUCAGUGUCAAAGUGCUAUGCGUUUUCACUGCGGUCUUGACAAUCAUUUUUGCCGGAGUAUUAGUUCUGGCGUUUUAUGGAGUGCCUGUGAUAAUUGAUAAAACUAUACAGAAUUCAGUUCAACUAGAUGAUGGAACGAUACAAUGGGAUAGAUUUGUAGACCUACCUGUGGAUAUAAUCUUGAAGAUUUUUUUGUAUCAUGUGAAGAAUCCAGAUGAAAUAGUAGCUGAUGGAGCUAAGCCAAUUCUAGAAGAAAGAGGACCAUAUUGUUAUAAGCAAAAUAUCCACAAGAACAUUUUAUCAACAAAUAGCACUGAAGAUACUGUGACAUUUGAACGAACUUUCAACACAACAUACGAUCAAGAAGCUUCAGGCAAUUUGACAGAAGAUGAUAAGAUAGUCAUCCUGAAUCCAGUUAUACUGACGCUCUUCAAAAUCACAUCUGUAGUGGAACGAUUUGUGGUAUUAGGAUGCCUGGAUAGAAUAUUACCAGAACAAUACAAUAAAUUGUUCAUUGAAGUAGACAUAAGGACGAUUAUGUUCGAGGGCUUUGCGUUUGCUAAACUAUCGAAUGAUCUGGGGCCAGCAUGUAAUAUAGUGAGGAAUCAAGUCCUGCUGAAGACUCUGCCAAUGAAAAAUGUUCAAAGGAUACUUGAUGAAGAAGGUGUUAUUACAGAACUCAGGUUCGCGUUUUUACAAUACAAAAUCAGAUACCCUGAUGGAAAAUACACCGUAAACAGAGGCCUGGAUGAUAUUACAAAAUUAGGACAAAUAAUCAGAUGGAAUGAUGAAUCAGAAUUAUCAUUCUGGGGUAGAAUUCAAUCCACGAACAAUGAUACGUGUAAUAAAGUGAGAGGGAGCGAUUCAACUAUAUAUCCUCCUCAUGUAACGAAAACGAGAACAUUCGAUAUUUAUUCCACAGAUAUUUGCAGGAUAGUCCAGAUUUCAUUUCAAACGACAGAUACGUACAGUGGAAUAGAUGCCUAUCGUUUCGGUAUAACAAAAGAUACUUUUCGAUCAGCGACUCCGAACCCAGAGAAUGAUUGUUAUUGUAUUCAACAAUCUACUGAUGUUGAUGGAGAACCAUCAUGUUUCUUGGAUGGUGUACUGGAUGUUUUUCCAUGUUUCGGUGCUCCAAUACUACUAUCUUUCCCACAUUUUCUUUAUGCUGACGAAUCGUAUGUUGACGCGAUAGAUGGAUUGAGUCCUCCUGAUCCUGAUAUACAUGAACUGUUUCUGCUGAUUGAACCGAAUACUGGGACUCCUUUACAAGGAAUGAAGAGAGUACAACUGAACACAGCAAUGAUGCCUAUAAAGUAUAUCCCAGCUACCAGCAAUCUAUCGAAAGUGAUCAUGCCGAUGCUAUGGCUAGAAGAGGGAGUGAGCUUGCCACAAAAUUUGAUCGAUGAACUGAGCAGUAAAUAUUUUAAUGUUGUGAAAAUAGUCACAGGAGUUAUGUAUGGUCUGAUAGCGGUAGCAGCUGCAUCUGUGCUAAUUUCCAGUGGAUUUCUCAUGAGGAAAAACUACUGCUAGUUUCAGAAGCAGUGAAUAGAAUUCGGUGAUCCCAUACUUAAACGAAGAAAGGCCACUUCUUUCCCACUUGACACUUUAUUGAUGUGCAUUAUUCAAGAUAGUAUUAUAUCACUAAUUCAAAG